AUGCCGCCCCAGAACAGUUUCACCAUAAAGCAGAAUACACCAGAAGCCGAUAAGCUAGAGCGCCGUGUGCACGCAGAGUUGAAGGAGAUAUGGGAUCCAUCAGCGGAUGCCACCGUGGCCAAAUACUUGACGGCCAUGCUUACAAAGGGCUAUGACCGCAAGAAGAUACAUUCGCAGCUCAAGGCUAUUUUGCAGGAGCCAGUUACUGUGCAGCUACUCGAUUGGUACGUUAUUGUGGGAUACAAACUGCACAGGCCUUGCCUCGCGCAAUCUGUUCGAGCGGAACCAUUAUGCCUCACCGCAGGCUUUACAAGCAUCUUCGCCUUCAUGGCACAGCGGUCUGAAUGUAAUUCAUAUCCACGCAGCUCCAAGCAAGCUCCAAAGCCGCUCCCAAGUGUCGCCAAAGUGGUGCCGAUGGAGGAGUCGCAUGAGCACGAUCGUGGGGACACUGGCCGGGAUGGGUCUUCCGAGCCGGCUGGGCAAGCUGCGCAGGUUACCCACGCCGGCAAAGUUACGGGGGUCGAUGCACAACUAUCAGAGAAGCCUGAGCGCAGCAGGCGUCGGCAACCUGGUGCCAGCUCCCAGGCCGCUGCAACUCCAGGGGAGCUACGGCAUCCAAGCGAAACGCAGCUCCCAAAGCAGCAGCAGCGGCAAGUGGAGGAACAGCAGCAAGCGAAAGAGCAGCAGGAACAAUUCUCUGCUGCAGCGGAGCGCCGGCGCCUUAAGUCCUCCGUUGUUCUGGAUUGGGAGUCCUGGCAGAAGCAAAAGCAGCCAGCCGAUGAGCAGCGUGCCACUAAGUCCUCCGCGCCGGCAGGGAAUUUGGCAGCACCAGAGCGGGCCCCAAUCAUGCCUCACUCGAAUCAGGACACAGCCGACCACCCGUUGCGCAUUCCGGCCAGCCACCGUGGGCGUGAAGAUGGCCGGGAGCGAGAGCGGGAUCGGGGACGAGAGCGGGAGGGCGAACGGGGUGGGGGCCCGGGUAGGCGCAGGCAUGAAUCCGAGGCUGAGAGGCCGGCAUCACGGCACCGAGACGGCGACGGGGACACAUCAGCGCUGCGAGGGCAUGAACGGGAAAGCGACGGCGUUCGGCAGAAGGGUGGGGCUCCGGCGCACCGGUCACGAUCUCGCUCGCGUUCGCGUUCACCCCGUGGUCGGAGGCCUGGACACGCACCUUUGGUGACUGCGAACUUGCUUCGGAGCGCGUUGGGCGGCCUGGGCGGACCUGGGGCUCGCGGAUCGAAAGCCAGUGUCUUCGAACGCCUAGGUGCCAGCGGUGCAGCUCCGGAGGCGGCGCCCGCUCGUGUGUCGGCGCUGCAGCGGCUGGAAGGUUCGGAUAAGGUGGAUAGAGCAAUGGACACGUCGGGUUCAGGCAGGAAGCGCGGUCCAGAGGGGGAGGCGGAUGCAGAUGCGGCAAUACUGGGUUCCCCUCCCAAAACGGCCCGAGGGAUCAAUGCGCAGAAGCCUAGCGGGCCGCUGCGCGCGGCCGCUGAGCCACCUCCAGCACCUGCCCUCAGGGCGGGCCCAGCCUCUGGCAGGCCGAGGGUGGAGUUUGCGCCGGCGACGGCUCCUGUAGGCGUCACCAAGCAGCCCGCUGGACCACCGAAGCAGGAUCCGGUCAAGGUUACUUCCGCCAGCGACCAGGCCACAAUCGAGGGGGUGGGCAUCCGACCGGUGGCAGGUGUUUCGGUGGCCGGGGGGGUCAAGGGGCCGGGAGCCGGUGGCACCGGCGCGGCAACAAUCAUGCCCACGUCCAUGUCGGGUGUGGUCAUUGAAGCGCAGCUGGACGCGGAUUUGCGAAGCGUUGUGGUGACGAACGUGCACUUUCUGGCGAGUCAGGAGGUCUUGGCCGCGCAUUUCAGUGUUGUCGGACCGGUGAAGAACGUCACCAUCAUGCGCGACAAGGUGACCGGACGACCCACGGGAGUAGCAGUCGUGGAGAUGGCGACCGAGCAGGCCACGCAGGCCGCCGCGGCUCUGUCGGGAUCUUUGCUGAUGGACCUGCCCAUUGUUGUGACCCUCAAAGCAGCACUUCUGCUGCAGGGCAUAAAUUUAGCUGGCAUGGGAAUUGAUUCGGCUGGUGUUAGGAUGCCAGUGCUAAUGCCACCGCUAGGUAGUGCGGCAAACAUAGCGCCCGCGGGCCGUCUUAACCCAAGUGCGGUACCGUUUGUGCCUGGGCUGCCGGCUUCAGCGCCGGCACCAGCAGAUGCUAGGCUGGCUGGAGGGCCCUCGGGUGCAGUGGGGGGGAUUCCGUUGGACCGCUUGCUCGGGCGCGGCAAGUACUCGCAGGUUUACCUUGCAAAGGACAUUCGAACAGGGGAACUGGUAGCGAUUAAACGGGUGGAGAUCUUUGACAUGAUGGACCAGGCCAGCCGCCAGGCGUGUGUGAAGGAGGUCAAGAUCCUGCAGAACGUGGAGCACCCCCACAUCGUCAAGUGCUUUAGGUCCUUCCUGUCCAAUGAAAACAACGAGCUCGUCAUCGUGUUGGAGUGGGCGGAGGGGGGAGAUCUAGGCCACGUCAUUAAGCAGCGCCAGGAGAUGGGCCAAGCAUUCAGUCCCGAGCAGGUGUGGGUGCAAUUCCAACAGGUCUGCGGCGCGCUGAAGCACAUGCACGACCGGCGCAUGAUGCACCGCGACUUGAAGCCCUCGAACAUCUUUGUGACGGCCUCUGGGGACCUCAAAUUGGGGGACCUGGGGCUCAGCAGGUACUUCAGUAGCAGGACACUGCAGGCGCAAACGACGGUAGGCACGCCGUACUACAUGUCGCCGGAGGUGGUUCGCGGGCAGCCCUAUGACUUCAGCUCCGACAUUUGGAGCCUGGGCUGUUUGCUGUACGAGCUCAUUGCGCUCCGAAACCCCUUUUACAAGGAGAAUCAGAGUCUGUACGUACUGGGCAAGCUAAUACAGAACUGCCAAUACGAAGCGCUACCGCCUUCUGUACCGGACGAGCUGCGGCAGCUGGUGUCCAGCAUGCUACAGCCGCUGCCGCAGUCCCGACCCACCAUCGCGCAAUUGGCUGCCUACGUCAAUAGCUACCUAGCCCAAAAGCUGCCACACACGCAGCAGCACCUCCAACAGCACCGCAGUGGAGUCCGGGGCCCCCCGCCGCGGUGGCGGGAGGAGGGGCCGGGGGCGGGGGCAGCAGCAGCAGCACAGGACGCACUCGCGCAGACCGCGGAGCCAAACAAGAUCAUGCUCCUAUUGUGCUCUCUAGGUGUGUAG